AUGACGGGAUCAAAGGAUGCAGACGUGAAAUCCACUAGGAAAUUUAUUACUCCCGCUUCUCUUGGUGAUCAUAAUAAAAACAUUAAAACUAAAGCAGAUCUUGAGGGAGAUGCCAACGACCAGAAAUCCCUGAAUACCUUAUCAAAUGCUAAAAGUGCCAAAAAUACUACCGAUUUUCCCACAAAUACCGCCGUUACUACCGCAUCUUCUAAUAAUUAUGUGACCAAACCUUCAACCCUAGACACAUCCCCUCCACCUUCUGCUGGUCUCCCUCCCCGCCCACCACCCCAAGAAAGACCUUCUAUCCGACCGGGUCCUGACAACGUUCAAUAUUUCCACCCGUUGCCCAACCAACCUGAAAGUGGAUCUUCCCAAUACGGCCCAAGUAAUUUUCCUAAGCCUAGUGGGCUGCCAUCCCCUGCAUCUGGAACUUCGUCUACCUCAAAUGGAUUUCCCCCUCAUAUUGCGGGUUUUCAGAAAUUUUCCCAAUCACCUGGCAACCAAACGAAAAGCAGUGUUCCAAAGGCUCCCCGAAGUGACAGGCUGAACAACGAAAAACCCAAGAGUUCUCGCUGGGAAGGAGAUAGGGAGGAGCCUUGGGCGCCUGAAGUUCAGAAAAAAUAUGAUAAAUUUCUCCAUAACGAACGUGUUUAUGUUACUGAAGGGCUUUGGGAUCGGUUUCCGCCUGGAUCGAGGUUGUUUGUUGGGAAUCUGCCCACGGAGAGAGUCACCAAACGGGACCUCUUCCACCUGUUUCAUAAAUACGGUGAUCUCGCCCAAAUAUCCAUUAAGCAGGCAUAUGGAUUUGUCCAGUUCCUAGAACCUACAUCUUGCCAUAAUGCGUUAGAAGCAGAACAAGGAGGAUUUAUACGAGGUCGCAAAAUUCAUCUUGAAAUCUCAAAACCUCAAAAAUCAACGAGAAAUGCUCCGGCACCAGAUUCCUCGAGGCAACCAGUUAAGAGAAGGUCUAGGUCACCUGAAGCUGCCCGAGUUAUAUCAAAUUACCGUGGCAUCCGUUCAGGUGGUGACCGAUUUGACAGAACUGCGGAGCCCGGCAGGCCACUUAUCAGAGAAUUCGGGGACCGUGAUGAGCCGUAUCGCCGUCGUGAUGAUUACCACUCAGCUCGUACGCCAUCUCCACAUGGAUACCGCCGAGGCGACCCUCGCUCCCAUGAUCGAACUCCAGAGAAUUAUGAACGACGUCGCAAUAGGCGUCGUUCAAGGUCUCCUUACUCACGUUCAGGGAGAUAUAGAAGUCCGAGUCCGAGAGAAAAGGGUACUGAAAAUGACUCAGAUCUUCAUAUUCCAAAGCGAUCCCCACGAGAAGUACCAGAUGUCGAAAUAAUUGUCUUAGAAAACGUUGAUAGAGAUUUCAUACAUCAUAUCGAAAAAACUUUUCGAGACCGGGGGUUGCGAACGGAUGUUCUCAUUUUGAGCCCCCGGAUGUCCCUUGCAGCUGUUAUUCGACGUCAGAUAAUCGAGGGGGUGCAGGCAAUUGUCAAGCUAUCCCGCUCAAAUCAGUAUUCUGGCAAAAUCCCAUUACAGGUGUUUAAUCGCACAGGUGGCAUCGACAAUGUUAAGUUCAAUGAAUAUUCAGAGCUUGAAUUGAAUGUUGCUGCCGAUGUCGUGCUUCAUGCGACGACCGUCCACCCUGGGAGUACCUCGAAAUAUACCACUACGCAAAUGCCUGAAAUUUCUCAACUGCAGGCGUCCUCUAAAGUCCCACCUCCUUUAAAAUCUAAUAAUAAUAUUACGAAUCUCAUUUCUAGUCUAGAUAGCACCGCACUUCAAUCUCUCCUUCGCGCACUACAACAAAACCCUUCACCCCAGAAUUCUGCUCAACUGACUAGCUGCACGCUCCAGGCCGCUCAGCAACACUACACUCCCCAAGGCAACCAAACAGAUCUUGCGAGUAUCCUUAGUAGCUUCUCUCGUCAGCAAAAUUCUUUGGUUCCUCCAACCUCUGCCACCCAAACAGCUCAGCCUCCUGCUUAUGGGCUUCCACCGCACCUCCCCGGCGGGAAAAGUGAUCCGAACUUGGCAUCCCUUCUGGCGCAAACUUUGGGAGGACAACGAUUAAGUCAACCGCUUAUCGCGCCUCCUCAGAUAGCACCACAGAUGUCUCCCCAUAUUCAAAGUAUCAUGGACCAAUUGAAGAAGUGGAAGCAAUGA